ACUCAUGUGGUGUCCUUUGUGAUGUGAACUUGUGUUUCAUGUUUUUUUAAUAAUAUGUUACGAAUUACGAAUUUUUAUUUAGAGAUCGGAGUAAAGUCUGAGUUUUUGUGAGCAGGAUUGGAUGUGUUAGCUACUAAAUGUGAUUUUUUUUAUAUUUAGAAGAUCUACAGCGACAUUCAAAUGCUGUGGCCACUUUUUGUAUCAGUAGUCAUAAUCGUAGCUCUGUGGAAGUACUUCAACCACGGGCAGAAUGACCUGGCUCGACUUCCCGGGCCACCAAAGGCGCCUAUCGUUGGCAGCGCCCUGGCUUUCAUUGGACUGACUCAGGAGGAAAUAUUCAAGAAGAUCAUCGACCUGCCGAGCCAGUAUGGAACCCGUGUUGUUAUCUCAGCUUUUGGCAGAUACAUCCUGCAUAUAUAUGGCGUGGAGGACAUCGAGAUUGUGUUAUCGCACUCGAGGAACAUUACGAAGAGUAAGCCCUACCGGUUUAUGGAGCCCUGGCUAGGAACUGGCCUGCUCGUUAGCACAGGUAACAAAUGGCACCGGCGUCGCAAGAUCCUGACUCCGACAUUCCACUUUGAUAUCCUGAAGACUUUCCUGAAGGUUUUCGAGGAGCAAAGCAGGAGCAUGGUGGACGAGCUUCGGAAACUGACUAAGGAAGGCAAAGACGUUCUGGACGUCAUACCAUUUAUAAGCGAUUACAUGCUUUAUUCUAUCUGUGAAACCGCAAUGGGCAUCAAAUUGGAUUCGGACACGUCCCAAACAAAAAUUGAAUACAAGGAAGCCAUUUUAGACAUUGGAUCGAUAGUUAUGGAACGGUUGACAAAGAUUUACUUGCAUAACGAUUUUAUAUUUUAUUUGCAUCCAUUGGGCAAAAGGUUUGCAAAAUCAUUGAAAAAAGUGCAUUCGUUUGCCGACAAUGUUAUUAUGGAGAGGAAAAAGGCUUAUGAUAGGGGCGAUGUAGGAAAUGCAGUGAAUGGUGAUAACGGAGGAAGCAAACGGAGGUUGGCUCUCCUCGAUUUAUUACUGGAAGCUGAGAGGAAAGGGGAAAUAGAUUUAGAGGGUAUUAGAGAAGAAGUUAAUACGUUUAUGUUUGAGGGUCAUGACACCACGGCGACGGCUUUGUCAUUCGGAUUAAUGCUUUUGGCUGACCAUGAAGAAGUACAGGAGCGCAUUUUUGAAGAGUACAAAUCUUUGUACGGUGACUCGGACCAAGGCACCAACAUGUCAGACUUGGGCGAUAUGAAGUACCUGGAGGCUGUCAUAAAAGAGAUCCUCAGGCUUUACCCCAGUGUGCCCUUCAUUGGGCGAGAAAUUGUAGAAGAUUUUAUGUUAGAUGAUAUCAAAGUACUCAAGGGUGAAGAAGUCGUGGUGCAUAUAUACGACGUGCAGCGCAGGGCUGACCUGUACCCGGAGCCCGAGGCCUUCAAGCCGGAGAGGUUCCUCGAGGUGGACUCGAGGCACCCCUACGCCUAUGUGCCAUUCAGCGCUGGACCCAGGAACUGCAUCGGCCAACGUUUCGCGAAAAUGGAGAUGAAGUGCGCGCUCAGCGAGAUCGUACGCAAGUUUAGAUUGCAGCCCAUGACGAGAGGGGCGCGACCCACCCUCAAGGCGGACAUCGUGCUGCGCUGCGUCGACCCCAUACACGUGCGGCUCAUACCACGAUAAUACUGACAAUCCAUACAAUAGAAUAGACAGAUUUUUAUUUAUUUUUAUG